GCACAAGGUCAAAAGAUACCUCAAGACCAGGUAAAUGAAUGAAUGAAUGAAUGACCGGGAUCGCCGGAGCUCUCAGUUUUAAGCUUUAGAUUACUGGGAAUUGUUGAUAUCGCAUGCACUCUGUCUGAGGUGCUGAUAGCCUACAUAUUUUUAUACCUUCGAGCUUCACCGAGAAGCAGCAUUGCUAUUCUAAAAGCGCUUUUGUCUACUUAACAUAAAAGAGGACCCAUCUUAUUUCUAAUUCUAAGCCUAACGCUCCCACCAUCGAUAUUAACGCUCCCUGUUUUUUAACGCGAGCAAAAGAAGAUGGGUGUCGUGUCGUGAUCAUCAACUGCUGUCCAGCUGACAAGUACUCGGCAAAAAGUGAGGCACAAUCCCUCCGAGACGAUCCAGCUAUUCGGCCCAUUUUAGAGCACUGUCAUUGGAGAACGGUCCUCCAUCACUUGUUCCUCAAGCGAGGGUGGCCUCUACUUCUUCUAGGGGAGUGUCCCCGUCUUCUCGUACGGCUGAUUCUGCUACUCUAGCGCUCUCCUCGUCAGAAAACGUUAAGCGUGGCCAGCACAACGCUGCUUCUUAUGCCGCCACUUCUGUAUUUACGAAAGGCUCACCCACGAGGGCGUCCUCGAGCAAUCUGUUGCCUCCACGAGUUGUCGAGUAUCUUCGGAAAUAUAAUUGCUGGUCCUCGAAUAAACAUAUUAGAGGAGGAGGACAGCCUCCUCUAUGUUUAUUCGAGGCAGCCAGAGCUUAUGUGGACCUGUACGCAAAAGACGGGCCAAGAGACUUCUACUACUACUACUCUUCGGCGUUGACGAUUAUUUGGAGAUAAAUGCACACGACCACUCAAACUUUGACAUUGUUCCAUGGUCGAAAUCAACGAUCAUCAUGUUGUUCAUCUAAAAAUUACGAUCGAUACGUCUGCGAUACUGUUGUAAG